AUGGCUGAGAUAGAUGAAAUACUAAUCCUGCCUUUUACUGAUCCUAGAAAUAACUCUUCAGUAUUUGAUCACGUCAACACGUCAAAAUUGGCCAUCACAAUCAUAACUUGUGUUCAAUUUAAGACCCUCAUGAGGAUGCUGGUAAUUAGCCCUCACCUGGUCACAGACAAGGUUUACUUGCACAAGGCAGUCAAACAUGCUAUUAAAAGUGGUGUUAUCGAUCAGUGGAUGCUUGUGCGAGAGCAGGGCUUCCUUCCCAAAGAAAGAGCAGAUCCAACCGGUGAGCAGUAUGAAGUGAGGUUCAUCACAGAGAAGGAAUACCGCACACUUCCUGAUGCCAUGCCAUCAGAAAACUCAUCAACCAGUGAACUUGCAUACGUGGAGUGA